UGCACGACUGCAUGUCUUGAAAUAUGCACAACUUUUCAGCACAUUUUUUUCUCUCAUAGAUUUGCCUUAGCAAUGGCAAAUCAACAAUGUCUUGACUGUUUUUUGUAUUUUUUUUUUUCUCCCCUUUUCUCCCAAUUUGGAAUGUCCAAUUCCCACAAUUCCUUAUUAGGUCCUCGUGGUGGCAUGGUUACUCACCUCAAUCCAGGUGGCAGAAGACAAGUCUCAGUUGGCACUGCUUCUGAUGUGGCUCGCUGUGCAUGACACCACAGAGGCGUAAGACGCUGCAGCAUUGCUAUGGUUAGGCUAUCACUUGUCAGUCUUCGCAACUCCUGACACAGUGGGAGAAUGAGGGCUUCUCUGGUGAUCUUCUUUCCUUUUCAGCACUUAAAAUCUAGUUUGAUGACCAUGGCACACUACAAAGUUUUGGGAGUGAUAAUCACAUUUCUCCACAACUGUUGUGUGCUCGUCAGAAAGCAGCAUCCCCGUAGCAACGCAGUCCCCGCGACUCUCUUCUGUAAACUACAAACAUGGCAUCCAAGAAAGACAAUGGUAGCUGAGCAAAUGGUGAUGAGCCUGCGGGUGUCGGAGCUGCAGGUUCUUUUGGGCUACGCCGGCAGAAACAAACAUGGGCGAAAGCACGAGCUCUUGACAUCAGCCUUACACCUUCUAAAAGUUGGCUGCAGCCCUGUUGUCCAGAUGAAGAUCAAGGAGCUCUACAGACGACGCUUCCCCACCAAGCUGGUGUCCCCGUCGGAGCUGGCCCUACCUGGAGUCCACUCCGCUGCUACCUCCCUGCCCCCUGGCCUCACUCAGUUGGGCUUUGAUGGGCACGGAGCACCCCCAUCCCCUCUGCUGCCCAUCUCCCUCCUCGGGCCCAAACAUGAGCUGGGCCUGCCCCACCUCCAUACCAACCUGCAUCCCUUACACCCUGAUGUCAAACUGCAGCGGCUGCCCUUUUACGACAUGCUGGAUGAGCUCAUUAAACCAACAAGUCUCGCAGCUUCAGAUAACAGCCAGAGGUUUCAGGAAACGUGUUUCGCAUUUGCAUUGACACCACAGCAAGUCCAACAAGUCAGCAGCUCAAUGGACAUAUCAGGGAACAAGUGUGACUUUACAGUUCAAGUACAGUUACGGUUUUGUCUAUCAGAGACGAGCUGCCCUCAGGAGGACCACUUUCCCCCUAAUCUCUGUGUUAAAGUCAACGGGAAACCAUGUAAUCUCCCAGGAUAUCUCCCUCCUACCAAAAAUGGCGUGGAACCAAAGAGGCCCAGCAGACCCAUCAACAUUACCUCACUUGUCAGACUGUCCACAACUGUCCCCAACACCAUCAUAGUGUCCUGGACCUCAGAAAUUGGACGGAGUUACUCUAUGGCGGUGUACCUGGUCAAGCAGCUGUCAUCUACUGUGCUGCUACAGAGACUAAGAGCCAAAGGCAUCAGGAACCCAGAUCACUCCAGAGCACUCAUAAAGGAAAAGUUAACAGCAGACCCUGACAGUGAAAUCGCAACCACCAGUCUUAGAGUUUCAUUAUUAUGUCCGCUGGGAAAGAUGCGGCUGAUGAUUCCAUGUCGGGCGUUGACGUGUUCACACCUGCAGUGUUUUGAUGCCACGCUCUACAUCCAGAUGAAUGAAAAGAAGCCCACAUGGGUGUGCCCUGUCUGUGACAAAAAAGCACCAUAUGAACACCUCAUCAUUGACGGGUUGUUUAUGGAGAUUCUGAACAGCUGUUUAGAUUGUGAUGAAAUCCAAUUCAAAGAGGAUGGCAGCUGGGCCCCCAUGAGGUCAAAAAAGGAAGUGCAGGAAGUCUCUGCCUCAUACAAUGGCAUAGAUGGUGGAUGUCGCAAGGCAUUGCCGGAGCAGAACUCCCAAACAAAUGGCAGCAGCAAAAAAGUGGAGGUGAUCGAUUUGACUCUUGACAGCUCAUCUGAAGAUGAGGAGGACGAAGAGCCUCCUCUGAAACGAAGCUGCCCCUCACUGUCCAGCAUCUCUCCUCAGAUGGAUAAAGGAGUGCUAAAUCUGCAAAGACAAACAUCACCUCUAAGUCGAACUCCCAGCAUGCCUCAGGUGGAUACCAAUUACAUUCCCCCACCUCCUCCCCUAAUUCAGGACUACCGCCACUACUACCCUACACCCAACGACCUAUCAGAUCUCAACUUUUUCCCGUUUUUACAAGGGGAGAAUCAUCAGCACUACAACAUGGUGAUGGCAGCUGCUGCAUCAGCAUCUGAAGAUCACGAGCUCCUCCUGAGUCGUUUUCUUCCGUACGGCACGUCUCAGCUCUUCAUGGACCCUUCUUCCACCCCCGUAAGCAGCACCCUCCCUCCCAUGAAUGUUAAUGGCAGCAGCACUGGCAACAGCCUGGUCUCCUCCAGCAGUGUACUGGACAGCCUCGGACACCCGCCUACCCCACGGUCCACAUCUGAAUCGGCCCCCACGUCUGCCAUCUACAGCCCCAUCCCAGACAUCAUCUCAUUAGACUGACCCAGGACCAGACCCUCACAAAGGAAAUAAACUAAAGAGACUUUCAAACAUUGGGGAAAAAAAGGGGACACAUACAGGAUGACUGAAGGGUGUUUUUGUAAACGAUGAUAAUCGUUGCCGUGUACAGAGAACAAAUAUAUUUUUUGUUUGACUUUUGUAUAUACCCAUGUAUCUAGCUAUCUAAUGGAUAUGUAAACUUGAAAGAGUGGUUUUCCUGGCUUGCUAAGUUAGUUAGGUUUAUCUCCUUGGAAACUGAAUAUAUUUUUCCUCACUGCUCUCUUUCAACCCCUUUAACAUGAUAUGAACACCUUUUAUAUCCUUUCCUUGCCAUAUUCUGUAGUCUUUGGUGUUAUGUCUGAUUCAACAGGACACAAUGCCUGACUCUUGAUUCUUUUGAUGUCUUUGCCAAUUCAUACCACAUUGACCCUCCGUUACUAAUGGCUGCAUGUUUCCCUCAAACAUGCAGGAUUAUCUUAUGUAAUUAUUUUAAGUUAUGUGAGGAAUAUGGGUAAUUAAGAAGCAUUUCUUCACCUUCAAGCUACCAACUGGGAGUAGAAGCAUUUUUACGCCAAUAUGUGACCUCAUUAUUUUUAUGUGAAACGUAAUAUUACUUUUUUUAAAAAAUGUAAUUCUAUAACAAUUUUGCAUCCACUUUGUUCAUAUUUUUCUUGCUCGAUGCCAAAAGAACACUGUUUCGUGUCGAAGUUUCUAGAGUGAGAGCUUGUGAGUUCAGUGAACUUAAAUGUACACCAUGUUUGGAAAGCAAGCAUUUACUCUUUUUUGUGGCUCCCAUGCUUGAUUGUUUUUUCCUUCCUUUCCUUAAAUUUUACAUUUUCCAGGAAGGAUGAAAUAUUAGGAGUUUCGGCACUGACCAAGAUUGUGAGGAGGCUGUGAUAUCUUUGGUGUUGGCAUGUAUUUGUACUUGCUCAUAGAUGUUUGUUUGACAGUUACAGUCGGUCUCAGCACCUGUACUGUCAUAGGAGUUAACAGUGUUCCCCAGCCCCAUUUAAUUUCCUGUUCAGUUGUUGUCUGUUGAGUCAUCUGUGUUUGAUACGGUGCAUGUAGUCUCAGACUGAGAAAUCCUAAAGCCACUUUUCAUUUCUUCUGCCAUUUCAUCACGUGUGCCUUGUUUGUAAGGGUUUUUUUAUGUGUGUGAAAGACUGGACCUGUAUUUUCUUGUACUUAGUUAGCCUGUUGUAGGCUGUUGCUCAUUGCACCCAUCAGAUAUGGAAAAAAGACUGUUUGCAAACAAAUAAUUCAGAUGCUGCUUGAGGUUAACAGGAAGUGUGUGUGUGUGUGUGUGUGUGUGUGUGUGUGUGUGUGUGUGUGUGUGUGUGUGUGUGUGUGUGUGUGUGUGUGUGUGUGUGUGUGUGUGUGUGUGUGUGUGUUUCCAAACUAGUGAAAUAUUUGAAAAGCAUGAGAGAGAGAGCUAUUGUGUUCAAGUAAGCCUAUUUUAUUAUUUUUACUUAUAUGAAACAAGCUAUCCCAGUUCUCUGUGUGUGUUUAGCACUAAGUCUUUGCUGCUGUGGCUCUCUUAAGUUCUCUGAGUCUGUAUGCUAAACAGAUCUUCUCUCAAAGCCUAAUUGGGUUUGUGACUGGGGUAAUUGCGUGUGACAAAAUCUAGCUAUCAUGUUUUGAUAGACGAGUGAGUCUCACUCUGUAUUCAUUGCCCUCUAAAACUCCUUUUAACCCACAUUAUUUCUGAAAGUAUUAAAUAUAUGCAGUGUGUUUAUCAGUUGGUUGUCUUUUGAAUAUAAGUUUGGUUUGAAACUUAAUUGUUUUAUUAACGUGACAAAAGUUAUCAAAGUCAAAAAUAUGGAUGCUGAUAUUGCAAAAGUCUAAUUAUAAAAUUGACUAUUUGUUAGAUAUCUACCAAUGUUUAUGAAAUAAUUUUGUUCAAUUUGUCUUUGAUAUGACUAUGUUAUUGACAAGGUUUGUUACCAAGGAUAUACAAGCUGGAUUCAAUGACUUAAUCAGAAUGCAAGUUUUUAUACAUUGUUCGAUUUUGGUAAUAAUCAACAAAGGGAAAGGUUAUGUGUGUGUAUGAAUGUAUGCAAGUAUGUGUGCAUGUUUUUGUUUUUUAUGUAAGGUAACAAUUGUGCAAACUUGGAUGUUCCAGUAAUGUACAUGUAUGUGUUCAAGUGGGAUCCGCAACAUCACAACAAACAAAUUUAUAUAAUUUAAAUGCAGAACUGUGCUCUGGGCGGACUUGGCAUCAAAGUCUGUGUUUAUUUUAUUUUCCAAUUCAUUAAGCUGACAUCUAUGCUCACUGCCUUAAACUACAUCCACUUUCUGUUUAUGUGGCAUGUUUUAUGAAAAGAAGAAAAAAAAAAAACGAUUUUUAAAUGUGGAAGACAUUGUACAGUAGACCAAUCUCAGUUUGUAUAUAGUGAAAAUAUUUAUUACAUGCAUUGAAAUAAAUUGUUUACCUAUUGAAUGUUACAUGUUUAU